AUGCAGGACAAAAGCCAAUCUCUGACGAUGGAACCCGCAGCGACUCUUCGCACCGAACCAAAGGCGCAUCCAUUUGAGGCACUUCCUCUGCCUCAAGAGGCGGACACCUUCCACCUGUUCCCUUGCCUUCCUUUCGAGCUCCGCGCCAGGAUUUGGGAGCUGACGGUCGAACCGCGCACUGUUAAGGUCGGCGUCGUCUACGAGGACGCCAUCGCCAACACCGCCGCGCCCGAUGACGACAGCAAACGACCCAACUACGUCCCGCACGUAGUCUCAUACACACCAGUGCCGGCCGCACUCCAAGCAUGCCGGGAAGCACGCGGCCUGCGGCUGUACCAGCGGGCUCUCUCCGAGAUCAGCCCCGCGGGCACCGCCAAACGCGACCGGUAUUACGUGUGGCUAAACCCGGAUAUCGACAUGGUCUCUGUCGAGCCGAAUACGCGGUUCGAGACGCUCAAGCCGGUGGCGCCGCUCAUCCGGCGGCUCACAAUUACGCGUGAGUGCACGGACUCUGUGUUCUAUUAUUUUGAAUCUUCGGCUUUGACUGCUUUUGUGAAUGUGCGGGAGAUUCGUGUCAUUUGUAAGGACGGACUGGGCGCGUGGUUCAGGACGUUCCAUGGUCACUUUUGGCCGUGUGAGAAUGUGUCGUUUGUCGACCCGGAUAAGAAGCACCUGGUGAUCAAGUUGCAUCCGGGGAAAGCUUAA